GUGAUUGGCUGAUAAUGGAAGCUCGUCGUUUGACGUAACCAGAAGGCGCGCGCGAAACUACCGUGACUUCCCGUCGAAGCCGCAUGUCACCGACCUCUCCACGGUGUAAUAAUCCACGACGUCGCUGUUGGUGGUGCGAACGGCAGGAUGGCAGCGCUGUCGCAGCAUCCCGGAUACGAGGAGGAGAGGCUGCAGAGGGUCGCAGAGCAGCUGCCCUGCAGGGAGGUCCAGGCUGGGGUGCUGCUGUCGCUGAUGGGACAGCCGCAGCAGUACAGCUACCCUUCAGUCUUCAUCUAUGGCCAUCGGGCUUCAGGGAAGAGCCAUGUGAUGCACGUUUUGCUGAAGGAACUCGAGCUGCCUCACGCCACAGUCAGCUGUGUCGAAUGCGUUUCCGUUGCGUUGCUGUUUGAACAAGUGCUGCUGUCCUUCUUUGGCUGCGAGGCCGCCUCGCUGCUCCCCCGCAGUCCCUCGCUGUCUGACUUUGUACGCAUCUACAGACAGCAGUGCUCCCAGUCUCCUGCCAAGCAGACGCGAUACAUUGUAAUGGAAAAAGCCGAGCUUCUGAGAGACACGGAUGCAAACCUCCUCCCCGCUCUCCUGCGUCUCCAGGAAUUGGUUGAGGACAACAUUACCGUCAUCCUGCUCAGUGAAAUCGCCUGGGACAAAUUCAGACCAAACACGGGCUGUUUCGAGCCACUUCUGCUCCAUUUCCCCGACUACAGUAAAGGUGAGCUGCAGCAGAUCUUGUCCCAGGACAGACAUCCUUCAUAUUCAGCUGAGUUUUACUCGUCCUACAUCAACAUCCUGCUGGGAGUCUUUUACUCGGUCUGUCGGGACCUCAGAGAGCUACGCCACCUGGCUGCCCUCAACUUUUCAAAGUUCUGUGAGCCUUUGGCAGAAGGAAAAGUGAAAGAGACUGACACACACAAGCUGUGGAGAAACAUAGAGCCUCAUUUGAAAAAAGCCAUGCAGACAGUUUAUCUUCGAGAAGUGUCCAGUCUUCAGUGGGAGCAGAUGCAGCAAAUGGAAGAGAAGGAAUCGGGUGCCUUGAGAGGUUUAUCUGCUCACACUCAUGUUGAACUGCCUUAUUACUCCAAGUUCCUUUUGAUUGCUGCCUACUUGGCAUCCUACAACCCUGCCCGCACAGACAAACGCUUUUUCCUCAAGCACCACGGUAAAAUAAGAAAAACAAACUUCUUGAAGAAAAACGAAAAGACUAGCAACCACCUUCUGGGGCCCAAGCCUUUCCCUCUGGACCGCCUGCUCGCCAUUUUCUACAGCGUGGUGGACAGCAGAGUCGCCCCCAGUGCCAGCAUAUUCUCCCAGAUCUCCUCUCUGGUGACCUUACAGCUGUUGACUCAGGUCAGCCAUGAUGACCAGCUCGAUGCCCCAAAGUACAAAUGUGCUGUUUCUAUGGACUUCAUCUGUGCCAUAUCCAGGACGGUGAACUUUGAUAUUGUCAAGUAUCUGUAUGACUUCCUGUGAGCGUGAAGGGAGUAAAGGAGAGAUGACGCAUUGUGACAGUAAGACAAAAGGGGGAUUUCUCUGUAUACUAACACACUUCAGGAGAAGCAUUUGGCAGAAAUAUGUGGAGAAAAACUAAUCCAAUAAUGCCGCUGCCCCCUUGUGGCUGAGAAAUUAGCUUUUCCUGUAGAGUCUCUGUGCCUCAUACCAUGUUAAAUAUUUGCAUUUGUAAAAAAAAUAAAUGCCAUAUUGGCAAGUUGACUUUA